AAAGCACACAAAUUACACCAACUCAUCCCCACGUCCUGUCGAAUUGUUCAGAUUUCUAUUUCCGUUUGAAGCUGCUGCUGCCGGAGGCUGGUGGUUGUCGUACCUGACAUACUGUUCCUUACCCGAUUUUACCUCAGAUCUCCAUUUUAGCCCUGCUGACCUCGUUCCAAAUUUCCAACGCUUCAAAGGACAACAGCCAAUGCUCCAAUAGUCUGAUAAUGAGUUGACAAUUGUGCUUUCCUCCCGAUCUAUGCUUCAGGCAAGCCACGACUAAGGCAAAAUAGCAAUAAGGUUUAUCAAAGACUAAUUUGGAACCUAUGAUUGAUUAGUCGAAGUGUAAAGUUCAUCAUCAAGGGUUUAGCAUUUGGCAGGACCACAGGAGUGCAUGACAACAUAAGAGUUGAAUAUCUUUGAAUCCAUUUUUGUUGACCUGUUGAAGUUUGUUCAUGGUUCUGCUUGCGUUCCAUCGUCUUCAUUUGCAGCUCAGAGUUUUUUCCACUACACUCCUCGAUGGCAUCUUCCUUGCCAAACCCAAGCUCACAUAUUUUCACACUCAAACUGAUCUUUACUCAAACCCCAUUACUUUUUCCUCGUCCUCUUCAGAGCACAACUCUGUCAUCCAAAGAGUCUGCUCUCUGGUUUAUGAAUCUUAUAGCAAUCAAGAAAAUACCCAUUUCAAAUCCUUGUUGCCAAAACUAGAACUGCCUUUGGAUAGCGAACUCUUGACUCCAGAACAGUGUAUUACUGUUGUGGCUUCUUUGGCUGAUGAGGCGGGCUCAAUUGCUGCCUUGAGUUUCUUUCAUUGGGCAAUUAGAUACCCAAAAUUUAGGCACUUUAUGCGGCUUUACAUAGUUUCAUCGAUGUGUUUGAUUAGAAAUGGGAAUUUUGAUAGAGCCCAUGAAGUCAUACAUUGCAUGGUCAAGAAUUUUGGUGAGAUUGGGAUGUUGAAGGAGGCUGUAGAUAUGGUUUUUGAGAUGCGGAACCAAGGAUUGGUUUUUAGUGCGAGGACUUUGAACUGCAUUGUAAGUGUAGCUGCUGAAACGGGGUGUAUAGAGAUUGCUGAGCAUGUGUUUGAUGAAAUGUGUGAAAGAGGUCUUUAUCCAGAUUCUUUUUGUUUUGAGUCAAUGGUUGUUGCUUACUGUAAAUUAGGGAGAGCUAUGGAUGCAGAUAGAUGGAUGAGUGCAAUGCUGGAAAAGGGUUUUAUUGCGGACAAUGCGACUUGUACAUUAAUUAUGAGUGUGCUUUGCCAAAAGGGGUUUGUGAACAGAGCAUUUUGGAUUUUUAAUAGGUUAAUUGAACUAGGCUUGACUCCAAACUUGAUAAAUUUUACUUGUUUGAUAAAUGGGUUGUCUAAGCGUGGCAGUGUUAAACAAGCGUUUGAACUGUUAGAGGAAAUGGUUGGGAAGGGUUGGAAACCCAAUGUGUUUACUCAUACAGCACUAAUUGAUGGUCUUUGUAAGAAGGGUUGGACCGAAAAGGCAUUUAGGCUUUUCUUGAAACUUGUGAGGAGCGAUAGUUACAAGCCAAACGUGCAUACAUAUACAGUGAUGAUCACUGGAUAUUGCAAGGAGGAAAAAUUGAACCGUGCAGAGAUGCUUCUGAGUAGAAUGCAGGAACAAGGGUUGGUCCCUAAUGCUCAAACCUAUACUUCUCUCAUUGAUGGGUAUUGCAAAGUGGGUAAUUUCACUCGUGCUUAUGAGUUGAUGGAAGUAAUGAAGAAAGAUGAUUUGUUGCUUACCAUUGGUACAUAUAAUUCAGUAAUUGAUGGACUCUGUAAAAAGGGAGAGGCUCGAGAAGCAUAUAAAUUAUUAAAGAAAGGACUGGAAACUGGGCUAUCUGCAGAUUUAGUUACAUAUACCAUUCUCAUAUCAGACUGUUGUAAACACGCUGACAGUAGGCUAGCUUUUGCACUUUGGUGUAAGAUGGUAAAGUUUGGUAUCAACCCUGACAUUCAUACAUACACCACGCUAAUUGCGGCACAAUGCAGGGAAAAGAGGAUGAAAGAAAGUGAAAAGCUUUUUGAUGAUGCAAUUAAAUUAGGUUUGGUUCCAACAAAGGAAACUUUCACGUCCAUGAUAUCUGGAUACUGUAGAGACAAAAAUAUCAGUUCUGCAAUGAAGUUCUUCCAGAGCAUGGGAGAAUAUGGCUGUGCACCUGAUUGCGUUACUUAUGGUGCUCUGGUUAGUGGUCUUUGCAAGGAGUCUAUGUUGGACGAGGCUAGAAAACAUUAUGACACAAUGAUGGAUAAAGGAAUUUCCCCAUGUGAAGUCACACGGUUAACAAUAGCUUAUGAGUUUUGCAAGAGGGAAGAGCCUUCCACUGCAAUCGUCCUCUUAGAUAGAUUAGAUAAAAGGUUAUGGACUCGUACAGUUGAUACAUUGAUCAGAAAGCUUUGCAGUGAAAAGAAGGUUGACAUGGCAGCGUUGUUUUUCCAUAAAUUGUUAGAUAAAUGCCAAAUUGUUGAUAAAAUAACUCUUACAGCGUUUAUGACUGCAUGUUAUGAUAGCCAAAACUAUGCCCUUGUUUCCAAUGUAAACAAAAGGAUUACAAAAGAUAAUCUUUGCUCUUCUGUUUUGCAUUCCCACUCAGAUUGACACAUUCCAUGGAAAUAAUUCUUUCUCUGGGAAGAAAUGAAAUUGGCGGACUAGAGAAACAAGGAAUUCAAUUAUAGGGGUCUGGUCCC